GCAGCCCGGAAGCAGUGCUGCCUGGCUGCGUUUGUUUCCUUCAGCCUCUUUGGAUAUUUGCGGGAGUCAAAGCUGAGCAGAUGCUGAGAUUUUAAAGGGAGCCCUGUCCACCAGACCCCCUGCAGAUGUCAGAGUCUUAUUUUCUGUUAGUUCAUCGGACAUGGGCUUAAACUUUUAAAAGGAAUUUUGCUACUAAACUUCGCUGAACAAAUAGACCUUGAAGCUUUGCAUCUACCUGAACAACCUCUCCCUGUGCCCCCUCCCUGGCUCCCAAGUCUUUAUUUUGUGGAGACAGAAUGGACAGAUUCCUGGUAAAGCGGACUAUUGGGGGCACUUUGGGAAAGAGGGAGCAAGAGCAGAGGGCAGAAGGCCCAGCCGAGUUGGCAGGCAACAAGGAAGACAGCAGGAAAAGGCCCAGGAGAGAAGAUCCCGGGAAUGGAGUCGCCUGGGCCCCGUCCAGCUGGCGGCACAUCGGAGCCCAGGGUCUGGACUGUGAUUACACGAUUCUGUUUGGCAAAGCCGAAGCCGAUGAGAUUUUCCAAGAAUUGGAGAAAGAAGUGGAGUAUUUCACAGGUGCGUUGGCCAGGGUGCAGGUGUUCGGGAAGUGGCACCCCGUACCCAGGAAGCAGGCCACGUUUGGUGACACUGGGCUGACAUACACGUUUUCCGGCCUCACUCUGUCUCCCAAGCCCUGGAUCCCAGUUCUGGAGCGAGUCCGGGAUCGUGUUUCUUUGGUGACUGGACAGACCUUCAACUUUGUGCUUGUCAACAGGUAUAAAGAUGGCUGUGACCACAUUGGGGAGCACCGAGAUGAUGAAAGAGAACUGGCCCCUGGAAGCUCCAUCGCCUCGGUCUCCUUUGGGGCCUGCAGAGACUUCUUCUUCCGGCACAAGGAUUCUCGAGGAAAGAGCCCGUCCCGCAAGAUGGAGACCGUCCGGCUUCAGCUGGCCCACGGAAGUCUACUUAUGAUGAACCCCCCAACCAACACCCAUUGGUACCAUAGUCUGCCCGUCCGAAAGAAGAUUCUAGUUCCGCGGGUCAACUUGACAUUUCGUAAAAUUUUGCCUACUAAAAAGUGAAAAUGUUUAUAACUGUUUGCACUUCUCAUCUCCUUCCUUCUGUGUGGAGAGGGAGCUGGCAUUUCUGUUGCCAACAGGGCACACAAAUAGGUUAAAUCAAGAUGCAGGACUUAAUAUAUAGCUGUAGAACUUGGGAGAACGUUUGUACCAUAUAGGUAAAUGAUUAGAAAAUACUAGUUGAUUUUUUCCUAGCAAAAUGAUUCUUUUAUUGCUAUGUUACACAGCAGAUACAAAAGGGAGCUUUAGCAAAUACAGAAAUCAGCAAUUAUGGCAAAAACUCCUAACUUAAGUUUCUGUCAAAAAAAAAACUACUUUGUAAAUAACUUAAAACUAGAAAUAGUAUUAUCUGGCUACAUUUAAUGUCUAAUAAUUUACAAAAUGAAGAAGUAAGCUUUAAGGUCAGGUUAAGAGACUUUCACACAUAAUUCACAUUUACAACCUUGGCCCAAGCCCCGGCCCUCUGACCAAAGAUCUGCUUACACGGAAACCUUUAAGCUGCAGCCCUUUCGCGCUGGCGCCUCUCGCGUGGGGAUUGCAAAGAGCGAGAAGUGGCGAACAGCAAUCAUUUAAAGCCACGGCUUUGUGAUGCAGCUUAUGGCCAUGCGACCAGACAUUAGUUCUGCCAGACUCAGGCAAAACCGGUACACUCGCUCCAACAUCAAAGCCAGGGGCUGUCUGUCUGAAACGGAGUCAGAAGGACGCCAGCGAGGGCAGCGCGGACAGCUCUGCCGCCGCUCGCACUCGGACGCCCGGCCGGACGCCCGGCCGCGUGCGCGUGCGCAGCUUCCCAGCGCAGCCCGGGGCCUGCGACAUGCGCGCAGGUGCAAGGUGGGCCUGGCCUGGGCCCCUGGACCGUUAGCUGCCACCAAGGCGCCAUUGAGAAGUGUCCACGGGCUCGCCCCACUACAGGGAGCGGGGCUCCUCUUCUCCCGUGACUCUGGAUUGGUCUGAUUCCAAUCACUCUGAAGAGUCUUUGCAUUUGGUACUUUUUUUUUUUUAACUUAAAUUAAGGAUCUAGUUAACAGAUGCUAGAAUUUCAUCACAAUUCCUUCGACCCUGUGUUAUGCAGUUGAUCUGGAGAGGGAAGAAACUGCUCAGUACUGUCUUUGUGUUAGGCCCCUGGAAACCUGUAAAUUUAGAGGAUGGACUACAGCAAAAUUAAUUAGAAGUCAGCAGCAGUUGUAUGUUUUCAAAAAAUCAAACUUUGUUUUUGUAGAAGAGGUUGGACUUUGAUGGUCAUCAAAUCUAACCCUUCACUUUCCACAAACGAGGCGACGUGCGGAGUCGCAGCCCCGAGGCCCGCACCCUUCUUUCUGAGUCAGGCUCCCGUCAGCAGGGCUCGCCCAGGUCGCUGGGCUCCAGCCCGUACUCCAGGGAGCUCUGCAGGGCAGGAAAGACAUGGCUGAGAAUGACCAUUUACGAUGAUCACAGGGUAACAAAGGGGUGUCGAACAG